AUGGAUGUCUCAUUUUAUUAAAAUGUUGAAUAAGGAUAUAUUUAUCAAAUUUUUACUUUUAAUAGAUUUUAUUAUUCAAAUUUAAUUAAUGAUAAAUAUUAUUAAGUUUAAUAUUUAAGUAUUGGCAACGAAUUCACCUUAGAAUUUUCUAAUAUGCAAUAUGUAAUAUUAGAAAACAUAACUAUAGAAGGUACUGAAUUUUAAAAAAGUUUAAAUGGUGGAGCUUUAGCUUUAUAAGAUUGUACCUAUGAUUUUUUUUAUAGUAAUUCAAUAUUAAUUUAAGAAAGUAUAUUUAUGAAAAAUACCGCAUUAGGUUAUGGAGGUGCUAUUUUAUUGGAAAAUAGUGACGCUUAAAUUGAAAAUUGCAUAAUAUAAUAUAAUAAAGCAUAAAUUGGGGGAGGUAUAAGGUAUAUGGGACUGAGUGGAGGAUCUUUAAAUUUAACAAUAUAAAUUUUAGAUGAAGAAAAUAAUCCUUUUAUUUUUGAUAUGGAUCUUUUUAAUAAUUAAAAUGGAGGAUAUACUAAAUUUAUAUAAGAAGAAGUUGCUAACUUUAAAAUUAAAGCUAAUCCUGCUAAUGAAAAAAUUAAAAUUUUUGGAUAAUAUUUUACAGAUUAUACAAAAUAUAAUUAAUAAGACUUUACUUUUUCAAUUAAAGAUAUGAUGAUUAUUUCUGAUCCAAAUUCAUUUAAUUAUAUAUAAUUUGAAACCACGGCCAUAUAAAGAACUAUAAAAAACAAAGAUAGAAAUAUUACUUAAGGACCUUUUCAUGUUAAGCUUAAUAUAUAGUUUAGAGAAUGCAUUGAAGGAGAAGUAUACAAAUUAAGUGGAAGUAUAUUAUAUUGUUAAGAAUGUAGUGAAGGAACUUAUUAUCUAUAAAAGCCAGAUAAAGAAUUAUAUUAAACUUAAAUAUGCAAAAGAUGUCCGCAAUAUUCUUAAACAUGUUUUCGUAAUAAUAUAUAAUUAAAAGAAGGUUAUUGGCGAAUAAAUAAUUAAACAGACAGUAUUAUUUAUUGCAAAAACAGGCCAACAAAUUGUAUACCUGAUGAAAAUUCAAAAUAUUGUAUAUAAGGCAAUUAUGGCCCAUUAUGUGAAAGUUGUGAUAUAUAUGGUAAUUUUUGGGAUUAAUAAUAUUAAAGUGAUGGCAAAUAUGGAUGCUUAAAUUGUAAUAAGCUUUAAAAAGUUGAAUAUAUUAUGCCAACUAUUUUAAUUGUAAUAGGAAUGGCUAUUUAUAUCUUAUUUUCUAUCAGAGUUUCAUUGCUUGUUAGUAGGUAAAUCAUUCAAGGGUAUUAUUUAAGAAGAUUAGGUAUAAUAAGUAUUAGUAAAUCAGCUUUUGCAGAUAAUACUAAUAUGAAUAUGAAAGCUAUGUUGCAUUACAUGCAAAUUGCUGCACUAAUUAAUACUUUUGAAGUAGAAUUACCAAUAUUUAUGACUUUUUUUCCCUAAUAAAUCGGGACUCCUGUUUAAAAUAUAUUGUUUUCAUUUGAUUGUUAUUUAAAUAAAGCUUAAGAGUCUAAAUUUCCAAUUGUUUUUGUAAGGACUUUAUGGUCUUUAUGUGUUCCUUUAUUUUAUGUAAUAGGUAGUUACAGUAUGAGCGGGUUAGUUUUCUUAAUAUUUUUUAUGUAACCUAAUAUGAUUUAAAAUUUACUUAGUGUAAUGUCUUGUAGAGAAAUCGAUAAAAAAAAUUAUAUACUUUCAGAUAUUUCUUAUUCUUGCUAUACUGAUAUACAUAUAAAUUAUAUUAUUUUUAUUUGCUUACCUGGCUUAUUUUUAUGGUUAAUAGCUCUGCCAGCAUACUUUUUAAGAAAUUUAGUUUUAAAUAAAGAAAAAUUAGAUUAUGCAACUAUUAGACUUUAAUAUGGUUUUCUUUAUUAAGAUUACAAACAAAAUAGCUAUUAUUGGGAAUAUAUAAAAAGUUAUAAAAAACUUUUAGUUGUUAUAAUUUUAAAUUUUUAUGGAGAACCUUAUACAAAUAAAUUAAUAAUUAUAUUAAUUGUUUUUUUACUUUAUUAUGUUGCUUUAUCUAAAUUUUAACCUUAUUAAAUGAUUUACUUUUAGAUUUUAGAUAAAAAUAGCAUUGUAGUUAUUAUUAUAUUAAUUAUUAUGAAUAUAUUUUUAUAUAAUAAACCUGAUAUAAUUUAAUAAUAAUUUUUUUAUAUUUUAUUACUUAUAAUACAUAAUGGGUAUUAAUUGUUUUUAAUAAAAGAAGUUGUAUUAGCAAAAUUAAAUACUCAAUAUUUGAAUUAAUUUAACUAUUUUAAGAGAAAAAUAAUAUAAUGUUUUCCAAAAGCAUAAAAAUAUAUAAAAAUUGUUGAUAAAGUUUCCACUAAAACAUUUAAAAACUGGAAAAAA